UAAUAAUUAAAUUAAUUUGUUUAGCUUUUUAAUCCUAAUUUUCCGCUAUUAUUAGAAAAAUAAGCUAUUAUAUAUAACAUACACAGUGGCUUUGACUAGUCACCUUUGUAUUCGUUCUAAUCGCCAUUGUUGCCUUUCUCACUCUAAUUAUUUGUGAGUGACAAUGAAAAUGAAGCCUGCAGAGAUAUGUAUGGUUCUGCUUUGUUUGAGUGUGCUGACCUUUGGAGUGAUUGGUGGUCCACAAACAUGCCCUGCUAAUUUGGAAAGUGAUUGUAAUGAUUCUGGUGAAUGGAAAGGAGAAUUUUUCCCAGAAAUUCCAAAAAUUAAGUAUGAGGGCCCUUCUAGCAAGAACCCGCUUGCGUUUAAGUGGUUUAAUGCCGAAGAAGUUAUACUAGGAAAGAAAAUGAAGGAUUGGUUUCGAUUCAGUGUAGCAUUUUGGCACACAUUCCGUGGAACUGGAGCUGAUCCAUUUGGUGCACCAACUAAAUCUUGGCCUUGGGAGGAUGGAACAAACUCAUUGGCUAUGGCAAAACGAAGAAUGCGAGCCAACUUUGAGUUCAUCGACAAGCUUGGAGUUGAUUUGUGGUGUUUCCACGACAGAGAUAUUGCCCCCGAUGGGAAAACUCUCGAGGAAAGUAAUGCUAACUUGGAUGAAGUGGUGGCACUUGCUAAGGAACUUCAGGGUUCUAAAGUUCACCCUUUGUGGGGUACGGCUCAGCUGUUUAUGCAUCCUCGCUACAUGCACGGUGGUGCCACCAGUUCUGAAUUAGGCGUAUAUGCAUAUGCUGCUGCCCAAGUGAAGAAAGCUAUAGAGGUCACACAUUAUUUGGGAGGAGAAAAUUAUGUAUUUUGGGGCGGUCGUGAAGGUUACCAGAGUCUCUUGAACACCGACAUGGGACGAGAACUUGAUCAUAUGGCAAGAUUUCUUGAAGCCGCUGUUGCCUACAAGAAGAAAAUUGGAUUCAACGGGACAAUGCUGAUUGAACCCAAGCCCCAAGAACCUACUAAACAUCAGUACGACUGGGACGCUGCAACAUCAGCAAAUUUCUUGCGAAAAUAUGGCCUUAUAGGAGAAUUCAAACUCAACAUUGAGUGCAACCAUGCAACUCUAUCAGGUCACAGUUGUCAUCACGAGGUCGAAACUGCAAGACUCAAUGGUAUAUUGGGAAAUAUCGAUGCAAACACAGGCGAUCCUCAAGUUGGUUGGGAUACAGAUGAGUUUCUUACAGAUAUUGGGGAGGCUACCAAGGUGAUGCUCAGUGUUGUGAAAAAUGGAGGAUUAGCACCAGGGGGAUUCAACUUCGACGCAAAACUACGAAGAGAGAGCACCGAUGUUGAGGACCUAUUUAUUGCUCACAUUAGCGGAAUGGAUACACUUGCCCGUGGACUUCGAAAUGUUGCCAAGAUUAUUGAGGAUGGUUCUCUUAACGAGCUUGUUCGAGAAAGGUACUCGAGUUUCGACUCUGAAAUUGGGGCUCUAAUUGAGGCUGGCAAAGCAGAUUUCGAAUUUCUCGAGAAGAAAGCCAUCGAAUGGGGUGAACCGAAAGUUCCAUCUGCUAAGCAGGAAUUGGCGGAGAUGAUUUUCCAAUCGGCUCUGUAAAUAAAUGGAGAUGAAGAUGGAGACGGAGAUGAAUUACAUAAAGUUUUAUUUUUCUUUCUUGUUUUAGAAAAACAAAAACUAUUUAGUAAUAAAAUUUAGUGUCCCAACUUUCUUGGUUUAA